CAAAUAUCAACACUGACAAAGUGACAUUCAUUAUCAAUACAUAGAAAGGAAUCUGCUUUAUCUCAAACUAACCUAACUUUCAUAACAUAACCCCAAAUUGUUUAACUGUCAAAACACAACGUUAAGAAAUGUUUUUAACGUAAUUUAAGCAAAUUAAAUCAUACGUAUAUAAGCCAUAAAGAUGUCUGUAGUAAUAGAAACGACGUCCGGAGACAUUACAGUGGAUUUAUUCCUUGGAGAUCGACCGCAAGCUUGUUUAAACUUUUUAAAGUUAUGCAAAAUAAAGUACUACAACUUUAAUUUGUUCCAUACUAUCAGCAGAGGUUUUAUAGCUCAAACAGGUGAUCCUACAGGUUCUCGUAAGGGGGGUGAGUCAAUAUAUGGAGUUCUCGAUGGGGAUAGUAAAAGAUACUUCGAGAGUGAGAAGGAACCAAGGAUUAAACAUACGAAAAUAGGUUUGGUAUCGUUUGUGGGGAACGAGGAGGGAAUGAUUGGGUCGCAGUUUUUUUUUACAUUGGGUGAAGAUUUAACCUACUUGGAUGGUAAACAUUGCGUCUUCGGCGAGGUUGUGGAGGGGUUUGAGGUUAUCGAGCAAAUAAAUGAGUCUAUUUGCGAUAAAGACGACAGGCCUUAUCAGGAUAUACGGAUUACGCAUACGGUGGUUUUGGAUGAUCCGUUCCCUAAUAUCAAAAGACUUGUAGUGCCGGAAAGAUCGCCUAGUCCGUCCGCGGAGAGAUUGCAAGGCGGUAGAAUAGCCCCCGAUGAGGAUAUCGAUGAAAAUGAGGGCAAGUCAGCGAAGGAAGUUCAAGAAAUGCGGGCGGAACGCGAAGCAAAGGCGAGAGCUACAAUUCUUGAAAUGGUGGGUGAUUUACCCGACGCAGAGAUGGCCCCACCGGAAAACGUUCUUUUUGUGUGCAAACUGAACCCUGUCACCACCGAUGACGAUUUAGAAAUCAUAUUCAGCAGGUUCGGGAAAAUCAACACCUGUGAGGUUAUACGGGAUCAUAAGACUGGAGAUUCUCUGCAGUACGCGUUUGUAGAGUUCCAAGAACAGUCGGCAUGCGAGCAGGCGUACUUUAAAAUGGACAACGUGCUCAUAGAUGAUCGGAGAAUUCACGUCGACUUCUCGCAGAGCGUGUCCAAGGUUAAAUGGCUCGGUAAGGGGCGAGGGGUCGCGCAUUUCAACGAAAGGGGCGAAAGGAGUCGCAAUGGGGACAGAAACAUCGGUAAGGGGGAUUAUAAGGACUCCACAUCAAGAAAUAGGCACAACAAUGACAGAAAUAGGCGUAGAUCGCGAUCGAGAGACAAAAAAACAUCAUCCAACGAUUACAGACAUCAAAAACACAAAAAACAUCGCUCCAGCAGCUCUGAAGAUGACACAAAAAGGAAGAAACGUCGAAAUUCUUCGAACGAUUCGAGUUCCGAAGAUCGCAGGAAAAAAAAUAAAUCAAAAAGGAGAAACAAACGGGAUUCUAGCAGUGAUUCCGAUAAAAAACAUUCAAAAAGUAAAAAAAGUAGCAAGUAUUAUGAAGAAGAUAAGAAAAGAAGAAAUAGGGACUACGAAGAAGAUAAAAGAAGCAGAAAAAGGGAUUAUGAAGAUGAUAAAAGGAGUAAAAAUAGGAAUAGAAGAUAAUGUAUUUAAUAAACUGUUUUAAAAUAU